AUGACAGGCGUUGCCGAUGCUGUUCACACAGAGGGAGUGGCUAUUGAUGGGAGCUUGGGAUCACCUGCUGGAGAUGAGGGAUUCCCCGGUGGGCCACGCGACCCAUCGAUUUUGACCGGUUUUGCUGAGGAUGUCGCACACAGCAUCUGGAGUGGACAGGAACGACCCGAUCUGAAGUUGGUCUCCCAUGGUAGAAAAGUAGAUAAAAUUGGGAGACCAACGCCUAAGAUCGAAGGCAUGAUUGCUGCCACCAGAUUGAGUCCACUGAUCAGGUGUUCUGUUAUCACCACUGAUCCUGGACUCAUAUCCGCCUUCAUCGAGAGGUGGCAUCGCGAGACUAGCACGUUCCACCUGCCAGUAGGCGAGUUGACGAUCACGCUGGAUGAUGUGGCGUCACUCCUACACGUUCUUAUCACUAGCGCGCUGCAUAAGUUUGAGCCGCUGGUUACUUCAGACGCGAUUGGUCUACUGACAGAGCUUCUUAAGGUGAGUCAUGAGGAGGCUACAACUGAGACCCGACAGGCUGGUGGGCCUCAUGUCCGGUUAGGGUGGCUUCAGGACGUGUAUGAGAGCCAGUGCGGGGCCAGACGAUGGGUUGUAGCAGCCCACACGUAUCUGCUCCACUUUGUGGGUUGUACUCUGUAG